GUCACCUCACUUGUGUGGGAGCUUUUCUUCCACAAGCAGUCUGCUUCGCCCGUGCGUCUCCAAAGCGCAAACGCGGCGUUACGCACGGCGCUGUCAGGGCUUCACUCGCGGAGUCUUUGAUGAUUUCAGAAUAUGAUCGUGGAACUCCGUGAUCGUGUCGGGUAUAGGGGAGCUUUUGGAUGACUCAUAAGAAAUGUGCGCAGGUAACUCGCUGCGCAUUCUGUGCGUUAUGAUCUAAUUGUACUGACCGCACGCUUUACGCGCGUGUUGGUGUACGCAGCUCACCACCGAUCCAGCUGUUGUGAUGAGGAAAACAGUGCAAAAUGACUAACAUGGUACGCGGGGACAAAUCGGAGCCAGAAUGGAUAUGACCCAGUUAAAUCUGCUGAUAGACAACGUCUCCAACUAUGACAACACCACGGACGCAUCGAUUGCGCUGCCGCACACGGAGGCAGCAGCUGCACUCAUCAUCCUGGUAGUUAUUGCGAUUAUUACUUUGACUAUUGUCGGAAAUGUUUUGGUGAUUGUGGCGGUGCUGACCAGCCGGGCUCUCCGUGCGCCACAGAACCUUUUCCUGGUCUCACUGGCUUUCGCAGACAUCCUGGUGGCCACGCUGGUCAUCCCCUUCUCCCUCGCCAAUGAGGUCAUGGGCUACUGGUACUUUGGCAGCACAUGGUGCGCAUUCUAUCUGGCGCUGGACGUGCUGUUCUGCACCUCAUCCAUUGUGCACCUGUGCGCCAUCAGCCUGGACCGCUACUGGUCAGUCACAAAAGCGGUCAGCUACAACUUGAAGCGCACACCAAAGCGCAUCAAGUCCAUGAUAGUUGUGGUGUGGGUAAUAUCUGCUGUCAUCUCCUUCCCCCCGCUUCUCAUGACCAAACACGACGAGCGGGAGUGUCUGCUGAACGACGAGACCUGGUACAUCCUCUCCUCCUGCCUUGUGUCCUUCUUCGCGCCGGGGCUCAUCAUGAUCUUGGUUUACUGUAAGAUCUAUAAGGUGGCCAAGCAGCGCUCGUCUACCGUCUUUGUGGCCAAAAACGGCCUGGAGCGACAGCCCUCUCAGUCAGAGACAUGCUUCGCCAGGAAGGACCGCUUUGAGACGGAGAGCCCGAGCAGCCAAAGCUCCGGCAGCCAGCAGAAGACGCAAGGGGAGCUGGACGACAUCGAUUUGGAGGAGAGCUGCUGCGCGUCGGACAUCAAACCGCGUAAUCACCGCUUCACCAAGCGCAGAAAAGUGGAGGGUUCGGACUGCUGUCCGCCCAAGAACUGCCGCCUCUCCUGGGCUUCGGCCCGGGCCUUACAGCUGUACCCGGAACAGAAGAACCCAGUGGUGCGCCAGCAGCUGGCCAGCAAGACCAAAGUGGCCCAGAUGCGAGAGAAGCGCUUCACUUUCGUGCUUGCGGUGGUGAUGGGGGUGUUUGUACUUUGCUGGUUCCCCUUCUUUUUCACCUACAGCCUGCAUGCCAUCUGCAGAGACAGCUGCUACAUCCCUGGCGCACUUUUCAACCUUUUCUUUUGGAUAGGCUACUGUAACAGUUCAGUCAACCCCAUCAUAUACACCAUUUUCAACAGGGACUUCAGAAAAGCCUUCAAGAAAAUCAUUUGCAGAACGUCAAAACGCACAUAAACGCAAAAGGACAAGCCCGCUUAAACUGUUUUCUACUCAACAAUGAAUUAUAGUAAUAUUCUUGGGGUUUUAAUCACCUCCUCCUCCUCUCUCUAAAGAAAAGUUAUGUAAUUACCAUAUUAUACUGAAAUAAUGAGCUAGUAUUGUGUGUUCACCUUUAAAUGUCCAUUAAUAAAAUGAAAAGAUGAGUAAAAAGAAAA